GUAAUGUAUAUGGACGACGAAGUUCAUAAAGCAAGAGCGGCUUUUUCAACUGUACGACGGUUUUGUUCGUAAUGAAACUUUCAAAACCUGCAAUGCUAGCAGUUCACCGAUGAAAACAAUUUCAAUCAGCAUGUUUAGUUGAACACUGCAACAUUUUAAAGUCAUGAAAAGAAACAGCAGAACCACAAUACCAGUACCUGCCAGGUUGAAUAACAGAAACCAACAUAAAAAUGUAAAGUCAUCUGUCUCUCCACUUACUCCAUCAACUCUAAGCAAACAUUAUGCUGCAGAAAACAGACAAGAAACAUCACCCUCUAAGUACCCAGUCCGAUAUAUCACAGAAAAUUUAAUCCAGAAAGUUUCAGGUAAAGAGAAUGUGGCGUGGGUGACAACACUGAAAUUGAACCUUCAAAAAGAAGGUGGCAAAAGAUUCAAGUAUAUAGAGAAUCUGGAAAAAUGUCGACAUCUUGAGGUGUUAAGUCUCAGUUGUAAUCAGAUUGAGAAGAUUGAACGGUUGGACAACCUGACAAGACUGAGGGAAUUGGAUCUCAGUUUCAACUGUAUCACACAUAUAGAAGGACUUGACACUUUAGUUGGGCUUCAGAAACUAAAUCUUUCUGGAAACCUUAUUGAAUGUAUUCCAUCAGGAAUUGGAAAAAAGCUCAAAAGACUGAGGGUGUUACGUGUAACCAGGAAUCUACUUUUCUCACUGCAUGAUAUUGCCCAUCUUCGUCCAAUGAGAGAUCUAACUCAGCUUUCAAUAGAGCAGAAUCCAUUGUGUGAACUUCCACAUUUUCGACAGUACAUCAUUUUCCAGUUGCGGUCAAUAGAAAGCUUGGAUGGGCUCCAAAUCACUCAUGCAGAUCGUACCAAUGCCAAUGAACGAUUUGAAAAGGAGGAACUUGAGAAUUUAGAAAUACAGAUAAGCAAAGAUAAUGAAAAGAUAAGAAAUCUUGAACUGAAUCAAUCCAGAAAUGAAGAGGAGAUGAAAAAGAAAGAUAAACAUGGCAUCCAGUUACAGCAAAUGAAUGAAGAACAGAAGAAUGCAAUGAAAGAAUUGCAGAGAGAAGUGGAAACAAAAAAUGAAUUGCUUAGAAGAAAAACAGCUGAAUUGACGAAGGCUUGUGAAAAGCAGUAUAGACUUGAGCAAGAACUUGCAUUCUAUAAGAUAGAUCACAAGUUUGAACCCCUUGGCCCAUAUCCAGAGAUAAACAAUGAAGUAGAAGAUGGGGGAACAGAAGAAGCAGCUUACUUGGGUAAAGCUUUUUUCAAGCGUAAUGCGUAUGCUGGAGAGGGCGUAUUUGAUGUUAAACGAAGGAGAAUUCUGAGGAUGCAGCAAGGAAACGAAAUGAGUCAAGAAAAAGCAGAGAUUGAACAGCAGUUACAGAAGGUUGCUGAUGAUCGAUUGACUGAAAAGGAAAGACAAAUUGAAAGAGCUGAAUCACGACUUCAAAAAUUACAAAAUGAACUGAGAAAAACUGAGCAGCAAGUCUUAUCAGCGUCUGAAGAGUUGAAAAACAUUUCUAAUGUGCAACCAUCUAGUAUGUCUCCGGAACAGAAGUUAGCACUUCAAAACCAAUUGGCUGAUAAGAUGACAGCCAUUAAUCAGUUGCGUGAACAGGUGAUGCGCAUUGAGGAUGAUAUGGACCGAACCAACAACAUUAUACAUCAGAAAGAGAGAGAAAUGGCUCAGCUUAGGCGCCAGUUGGAAAAAGUUGCUAAAGAAGACCCUAAGCAUGCCGAGAUUCAAGCUGCAAUGAAACAGGAGAAAGCAGCUGUCGGAAGAGCUGUUGAAGAUUCUAAGAAACUAAAAGAAGAUAUGGAUCGAAUGUUGGUAACAAUUGCUAAGGAAACUGAAGCUCUGAAAGAUCUAGAAGAAAAGCUUGUUCUUGGUCAAGCUGAUAUGAAUGAUGAGCUGAAAGAUGAUUUAGAAGAUGUUAUUAAAGGAUUAACAGACUACUUAGAUCGGGUCAAGAAGCAAGCAGAAGAGUGUCAGCGAGAAAACCAGAUCCUUCAUCAAGAAAAGGAUUCCUUAGUAGGAGAGUUAAUACAUGCUGAACAAUUGAAGAAAGAAUUAGAGGCAGAAAAACUUCAAGCAAGACAAAAACAAAAGCAUGUGGAUGAUCUAGAAGCUACGUUGGUAGAACUGCAAGAAGAUAAUGAUGCCCUCCAGAAGUCUAUGAACGAAACUAGUAGACAUAUACCAGACCUUAGGCAGAAACUAAAACGAACCCAAGAGGAUAAUGAGAGGCUGAAGGCUGCCCUCACUGGCAGAGAUACAAAUGCUAAUGAUAAAAUACAUGCUUUAGAAGAUGAAAGGGAAUCCCAGAACAGAACAAUAGUGGAAUAUAGAGAUGCUAAUGAGGCUAAAGAGCAAGAGAACCAGAGGCUUGUUGAACAACUCAAGGCAUUACAGGCAAUCAAUAAUUCAAUGAAGGAUAAUCUGAAGGAUCAAGAAGAUAUGAUGAACAAUCUAAUGAAUGAUUCCAUCAACCCUGAUGAUGUGAUGAGAAGAAUUGAGGAAGUCAAGGAAAGGAUCCAAACAAGGAAAGGCAGAUUGAAGCCUACAGGAGAAGAUGACCAAGUGGGAAGAUCGCUAGGUAAUCUUCAGGAUUUGAUGGAAGGAAAGUUAAAGGAAGCCAAGAAGGAAGUUCAGAAAUCAAAAGAAAGGCAAAAAGAGGCUGAGGCAGAACUAAGGGAGAUGAAGCAACGAUUAAGACAACCCCAUCUUCCUGGUGAUUCUCCAGUAAGAGAGGAUGAUAGGAAUGAUGAAAUCAGGGCUCUCCAUGAAAUGAUUGACGACUUGCGUCAACAGCUUCAAGAUCCUCGAAACAAAAGAGGGAAAGAUGAAAUAGAUGCAGUGCAAAUACAGGAUGCUUGGCAUGACUGGGAGCUGAGUGAACCAAGAGACACAAUGAGAAGAAUGGGAAAAGCCAAGGAUGGAAUGGAAGCAAAUGAUGGAUUAGAAGAAAAGAUUCAUGACCUAGAGACUGAGCUUGAACAUGUGAAAAACAAACUUCAACAGCAAGCAAAUCCAUCAGGAAUAGACGAGAAGAGCAGGAGAAAACCUACUGCAAAAUCACAGAGGGAUAUAGAAAUCAUGAAACUCGAUGCUAUUGCAGACGCUGAGGCUCAUGCAAGUCAAACAGUCAGACAAGCUGCGAGAGAGUUGUCGAAGGCACAAGAAGAGAUAAAUGACCUCGAGCAUGCUCUGUCUGAGCGUGAGAAGGAAUUAGUGCAUGAAAUUGACAGAGGAGACACGGCUACACACACAAUAGGUGAACAGCAACAAGAGAUAGGCAUCCUUUACGAGACACUUGAAGACCAAAAAGGUGAAAUCCUUCGACUUCACAACCUGUUAACUCAAGCAUUACAAUCUGAAGAUGAAAUUAAUCAGGAAAAUGACCCAAUACAGGCAUUGCUGAAGGAGGUAGAAUCACUAAGAAGAGCAGUAAUAGAACAAGGUGAACGAGUUGCUGAAGUUGGUACACCAAAACAACAGGGGAUCUUGAAGAAAAAGGUCCACAGGUCAGGUAGACAACCUUAUUCUAAUGUCGGUGGGGAUUCAAGACGCAGAGGAUUACGAUUUUCUGAAAUUGUAAAUGGAGAAAAUGACCAUGAUAGUAAUCAGCAAGGUGAUAGAAGCAGCUAUAUCCAAAACCCUAACACAUAUGGUCAUCCACACUCUUUAGAAUGGAUAUCUUCAGGACAACCUCAUCGAUUUGCAUUCACACCACAAGCUCCUACUGCUACAUCAACACCUCAUUCAGUUAGGCCAGUACAUCAAAUGCCAUCUCUGCAACUACUUGAACAUCAAAUCCCAACUCAUCAACCACCUACACAUCAAAUGCCACCUCAUCAACCACCUACACAUCAAAUGCCACCUCAUCAACAAACUACACAUCAAAUGCCACCUCAUCAACCACCUACACAUCAAAUGCCACCUCAUCAACCAACUACACAUCAAAUGCCACCUCAUCAGCCACUUACACAUCAAGUGCCACCUCAUCAACCACCUACACACCAAAUGCCAUUGCAUCAACCACCUACACAUCAAAUACCACCACCUCACGAAGCACCACCACAUCAGCCAUCAGGACAGUUUACAACAACCCCAGGUAAACAACGUACUACUAUUGCUGUUGAUGACCUGAAAGAACGUGGAAGUCAAAGGAGGAUGGAAGUGCCUGAUGAUGUUCUGUUUUGCAAUGUUCCUGAACAUCAUGACUUGGAGGAUUAUGUUAAAAAUCUUGAGAGAAAUAUUACUCAACUAGAGGACGAUUUGUCUAAACUUGAAAAUACAUCUGCCAAGAACAAAAUGAGAUCAAGAUCCUCUAGAGAAGUGGAUGACAUGUUAGAAGAAGCUCUAAGUGACCGACAUGGUGAAUUAGAAGGACUGGAUCUAGCCAUUGAAAAACAGAAGGAUAGACUUGAAAAACUAAGAGCAGAAAACAGAGGAAUAGCAGAAGAGAGAAGAGGUGCAAAUAUUGAGUUGGAGGAUUUGUUGAGAGGAAUGACCCAACUGAAAAGGGAAGGAGAAGAACUUAAAUUAGAGAAAGAGAUUGUUAAGAGAGAACUACAAGCAAUGCGCGUGUCUGAAAGAAGAAACAGAAGGAAGGAAUUUCUUGAGCAAGACCAGGAAUCUGAAGGAACUUCUACGGAAUAUUCUUCGGACUAUAGAGGGCACCUUCAACAUAUCCAGCGAGAGAUUGCUUGCACAGAGAAGACUUUGACAAAAAGAAGAUCAGAGUUGAGGGAAGCUGAUAAUCUGCUGCAUGAAUGUGAAGAAGAUUUACAGAGUGUUAGGCAAAAGGCAAACGAAACAUUGAACGAAUAUGAUGAAGCAAGUAAAAGGCUAACAGAAACUAACGAAGAGUACAACGAAAUGGAAAAACGAGCACAAGAACGGGCAAAGGAUAUUGUCAAUCUGGAAACACAAUUACAAGAUCUCAAAGAGGAAGCAGAGGAACUUGAUGACCUCAGGAUGCAGCGGGAAGAGGAAUUGAAAGCAGUUGAAAUUGUAAUUGGAAGUCGUGAUGCCGAAUUCAGAAGUUUAGAAACUAAGACACAACACAUGCGUGGAAGACUUCAAAAAUUAGAAUCUGAUGUACUAAUGAGUGAGCAGAAAAUUCUUGAGCAAUCAUCAGCAAUUAAAGAUGGAACUAAAGAAUUAUUAGAAAAGAACACACACCUGAACCACUUAUCUACCCAGAUAAAAAGUCAGGAGGAAAAGUUAGCAUCCAUUAUGCAAGAUAUGGCUCAGAAGGAAACUGAAUUGCAACGACUGACCAACAGUGUUGAUACAAGCAAACAGAAACUAAUUAUGGCCCUGAAAGAUGGAGAAGCAGAAGUCACUGAUACAGAGCGAAAAAUUAAGGAAGCAAAAUUCAAACUGGAACAGCUAAACAAAGAAAAGUCGCAGUUGAGUAAAAGUGUAACCGAUAGCAACAGAAAGCUUGCUGAGUCCAGGACACAAAUGGAAGAAACCGACAAGGAACUUCAGUAUGUAGGUGGCAGCAUUGAGAAGAGCAAAACUGAACUGAAACAUACUCUAGAACUAAUACAGUUAGAAAAAACAGAAUUGGAGGCUUUGAAAAUACAGCAUGAACGGAAGAUGGCAGAGCUGGAGCAAACACAAAUAGCUGUGUUAGAGGAAAGAGCCCAGCUUGAAAACCUACAGUCAGAAGUUCAACAAAAGCAAGUAAGUUUAGAAUGCACUCGACAACAAAUUGAAAUAGAAAGGACAUUAAAGGAGCAGCUCACCGAAGAAAAGCUUUUAAUGGAAACCGGGAUAAACAAUCUACACAGAGAAAAAGAAAUGCUAGAAAAUAACUGUGAAAGCAUGGGAUCAAAAGUCAGGAAAUUUAAGAGGCAGCAGUCGGAGAGUGAAGGAGUGUAUGAGACUUUACAAGGUCAGUUACAGAAGUUGAGUGAGGAUGUACAUAAGUCAGAGAAGGACGUAGAUGAAAUGACUUACAAGCGUUCUGCCAUGGUGAAGGAAUUCCAGGCUACCAAGCACAAGCUUAAAGAUCUUCAGACCCAAAUGAAGACAACAAACAGAGAACUAAUGGAGAAAAAUGAUCAGAAAGGCCACCUGGAAAAUGAAUUGAAAGAUGCUGUAAAACAGAAAGAACAGAUUCUACUAGAAGUUGAACAGUUGAAGACGAAUAUCAGUCAAGAGCGUGAUACCCUUACUAACAUUCUGUCUCAGCAACACGUACGGCAGGAAGAGUUACAUCAGCUUUUAAUGGAUGUUGAAAGACGUCAACUUGAGGCUGAGGACAGUAAAAGGGCACUUGAGAGUUUGAAAGCUGACUUAGAACAUGAAAAGACAAAAAUGAUCACUUUUCAGAGUCAGUAUGAAAAGAAAGACAGUGAAUUGCUGUCAAGUUUAUCUCAGAAGACAGCAGAUUUGAGGAAAGCAAGCGAGCAACUUAAAACUCUGCAAAUUGAUAUUGGAAAUUUAGAGUCUGCAUUGGGAAAAAUUCAACGUUUAGAAGCCAAUCUGGAGGCUUUAACCCAUGAUCUGGAAUCAAGGGAUGAUGAAAAAACUCAAUUGGCUGAAACUCUGAAUUUCUCACAUGCUGAAAUUCAGAGUCUUAGAAAUGAGAAAAUGGAAAUUCAAAACCAGGUACUAGAACUUGAAUUGAAAUUACAACGCAACAAAAAGAAAUACAGCGAUUCAAGCAAGUCAAAUCAAGAAGCUCUUAAAACCAUGAAAAGACAAAUCGAAAGAUUAGUAGAAGCUGUGGAAGAACAUAGAAACCGUGCAAAUCGAUUGAAUCAGGAAUUAUUAGAGACUCGUGAAGAGUAUAUACAGUUGCAACAAAAGAAUGCUAAACUAUCAGCUGUAAACAGGAAAGAGAAAAAAUUGGAGGCAUCUCUACGUAACCUCCGAGAAGAAAUCAAAUCAGAAGUAUCUGUUGGUUUAAAGGAUUUAGAAUUGUCGAGAUUUGAGGUUCUAGAUGAGUUGCAAGAAAUGCAUGAACAAAAAAGAGCCCUGACCAGUCAAUUAGACACACUUAAUCACUCACUCCAUAUGGCUACGCUUGAAACUAGUAUAGAUCGUGACAGUGGCUUUCAACACCAUUUUAACCAGGCACAGCAUAAGGACACAAUAAAGGAACGUUUUGAGCAUGAGCAAGCUAUGCUUAAGCUUAAGAUACAACAGCAAGUUGAGAGGCAGGCAGAGAUUCUUGAUAGUGUGCGGAAAAAAUCAGAAUACACAUUAUCCGGUGUCAAACAGAAGCUGUAUAAUUUUGAAGAGUUGGUUAAUAAAAGCGGCCUCCAGUCGAGAUUACAGGAUGAUGACCAGUCUUCUAUUAGUUAAUGAUUCUAGGUUUAUAUAACCUGAUUAGAGCCGAUGUGAAACAUCUUUAAAAAUGUUAUACUUAAGAAAUUUAAGUAUGCAAGACUCAUCCAAUCCAUUAUACUCAGACGUUAUCGUAAAUAGAUCGGGAAGGAUUAGACUUAAACAACAUAAAAUAUCCAAAAACCGUUUCAGACAUUCAGCAUUUUACAUUGCUUGUAAUUUAUUUAAUCAAAACUUAAGAAGAUAGCUACACAAACUCCAAUUUUUAUAAUACUAGAGAAUUUUUAAUUGAUAUUUAUCACAUUUAUAAACGAUUCUAUGUUAUGUACAAAAAUAUCUCAAUUUAUUUUUUGACAAUAAAGUUGUAUCUUGUAUCUUGCACCACAGAAACUGAUAAUUCGUAGCUUCCAUUCAUUAAAUCUAUAUUAAUGUAAAUAUUUGCCUACACAUCACUAUUUAACUGAAAGUGAUUUCUAAUAAAAUUUAAUUCAAAUACAGUAGUUUUAAUAACUUUGCAAUGUGUUAAAGUGAAGCUUCUAUAACAAUUGUAACAUAUUGUAUUAUUUUUUCCUAUAUAAAUCUACAACAAUGUUGCUGAAUUAAA